GUUGUUUCAUCCAGAGAAAAAUGGCCGCAAGGAAUGUCAAAACUCGGGCAAGUUCUCUUGAAAACGUGUGAUAUUUUCAUCGAAAACGACGACUUGUAGCGAAAAUAAAACUAGUGACGUGAUCUAGUGUUUGUGUCUGUUUCUCAAGUGUACGCCGUAAUAAUUGUCACAUGGUGGCAAACGAAAAUUUACAAUUGCACAUCCGAAUUUGAUGAACGAUGUGAGGGCGGGGGCAUGUGGGGCGCGCAGGCGGGCGUCUGGUGCGGCGCGCUGGCGGCCGCGCUGCUAGUGCUGCUCGCGCUCUGCCGCCGCGCCGCCAAGCGGCAGCCGGGCCGCGCCGCGCCGCAGGUCACACAGGUGCACAUAGUGUGCGGCGGUGUGACGCGUGUGCCGCGCGCCCGCGCCGCCCCCGCCGCGCCCGCGCCCCCGCCCGCGCCCCUCCCCGCACACCCUCACACCGUCGAGUCGAUAGACCCGCACCCCCCACAAAUCGUCAUCGUACAAAACUUCAUACAAAACACGCACGUGCCUCAGCCUUCUGAACCUCAACCCUCCAGCUCCAAAACCCCGCCGGCGCCGAGGCACCCGGCGCCCGAAUUUCGCGGCAUACCGAAACUACCUCUGCCCGAACAGUGGAUUCAUAAACGCCCGUUCGAUUAUAAGUACGCGGCGAUUCCGAGGCCGCUGGCGCAGAUUGUUAACACCGACCUAGGCGCUGAUCUGUCGCGCGAGUCCCGGGCUAAGAAAUAUAGUGCAACAAGGUCGCCUUCCCUCGAAAAAGACGAUAAGUCGCCGUUCAUUACCAGCGCGAAGUCAGAUAAAGUCGACGUUUUCGGUUUCGGUCCCGACGCACUUAAAAAGCUUUGUGAGAAAGGGGAAGACUUAAAGGAGAUGGGGGAACGACCGCCUAGCUCCCCGCGCGAUGUCGACAAAGAUAUAUCACCUGGCAACCUCAGGAGGUUUAGAUCUGUGAGUACUAGGCUUAAUAUGUGCAGUGUCAAUGAAGCCCCAGCGUUGGAGGGUCACCAAGAGCGGAUAGAGAUGCAGAAUUCGCCUCGCAUAGUUGAAUGCAGUUCGGCAAAAGAAAAAUCAUCCGCAACCAAAUUUGAUUUCUCACCUAAACUUUUAGCUGAGAAUUUAAGUUCUCCUAGAUUUUAUACGCCUCCGGAAAUGGUGUCACCCAUGUUCUUCGCGGAACCCUCACCGAAAUCUGUAUAUUACGACACAGUUAGGUCUCCUAAAUUUUUCCCGGAUACUUCUAGAGAAACUGAAGUUCCUCAAUCACCAAGGUUGUUAAAUGAUAAUUUACAUCGUGCUAAUGGCUUGACAGAAAAACCUAAUUCUCCCAAACUUCUCAGUGCUCGACCUAGCCCUAGAGUACUUAGUUAUAAUAAAGAAAACUAUUUUACAUUUGAAAAUGUGGCCGCCGUAGAAGAGAGCGCUCCUAGAAUCUCGCCACGACCCAAACGUUAUGGUGGAAGGAAUUCGAUCGAAAGGGAGAGGUUUACACCACCAGCUGAUAAAGAAAUUAAAAAAUACAGAAGGCAUAACAGUUGCGACACUAACUAUAAAAACGUUGAAGUUAACAUACAUAAAUGUGAUGAUUUAACGAAGACUGAUUCCGCCAAUAAAGUUACGGUUAUAGAGAAAGAUGUAGUCGAUUGUUGUGCCAAAAUAGACUCUCUGGGUAUUGAACCGAAGGGUGAUUUUGAAAAACGCGAAUUAACUCCGAACGCCAACACGGCGCAUGCUAGGCGGCAAAGACUAAAAUCGAUUUCGUUAGAUUCAGACAAUGCGAAAAUAAUCGAACAAAACCUUGGCUUACCUAUUGCUAAACAGAUGAAGGAUCAAAUGAACGAAGCGUAUAAGAAUCAAGAAAUAAGUACAUCCUGUGAAGAUGUGGAACGAUUUCCUAAAACGCCAGGUGCAGAGAAACCAGCUUUCAAAUUCGAUGUGGAUCAGAAAGUUAAGUCGGAAUCUGAGGAGCCAAAAUCGCCUGAUAUUUUACAAAAGAAAUGUUUGAGACAGAGUUCCGACACUCAAUCAUUCUUAGAUAUGCCUAGAUUUUCGCCAAAGGAAUUUGAAAUAACUGUCACAUCGGAUGAUGGAGCUACAACGUCUGCGGCAGCGGAUUUAAAACGAAAACGCAAAAACUUGAGGAAUCUAACAAUAGAUUUAACGAAACGAGAUAGUGAUUUGGAGAAAGAACUGUUAGAAUUCGAAAGGCUAUAUUCUCACGCAAACGAGAAUAAAGUUAGGACGCCUACAUUAAAGAUUAAGGCAACAUCAUUAGAUUCGUCGGAAGCUGACGCGUGUUGUGUAUUACCAAAGAAAUCAUUAGAAGUGCCGCAGAAUUCCAUAUCAGUUCCUAACACACCCAAACGACAGUUGAAACGAAUAUUGGCUCAGAAGAAUAUAAAACAUGAUACAGCUGGUGGUAAAUUUGGUUACAACUCUAUACAGAGCAAUGCGGAACAGCGUCGCUUAUUAAUGAAGGGGCAAGAUAGCGGUAUAUUCUUACGUGAAAAUCACGCUAGUUUAAUGUUAUAUCAGCCAAGUACGUCCCGUAUUGGACGCACGAUGGGUUCAUUCGACGAGAAUAUGGUGGAUGCUACUCCAGAAUUAAGCGUGGCCGGCGCUGAUAAACCUGGUCUUCAUUUAGACACUGGUCAAACUUUAGGUUCGAAUUUAUUAAACUAUAAGCAAAAUUUAAGUGUGUCCAGUACGAAUUUGAAAACACUCCCAGAGGGCGUGCCUAGUGAUGAUUUUGAACCAAGUGCAGAAGAUGAGAAGUUGGCAAAGAAAUUGCACAGACGAAACUCCAAUCAAAGUCUAAUGCUUAGCACGCAUAGCUUGCAGGGGUCUAAUUGUUCGCUCAGCAGUACAGGCACUUCUUGUCAUAACUUAGCAACCGUCAGGACGAGUAUAUCGAAUUUUAGCCUCAAUUCUGAUGGUAGACAAAAGAAGUUAUCCUUGGAAAGACGUGACUCCAACGUGUCUGUGGUUCCCACCGAGCAUAUUACACCUACAACUCGAGUAAUAUGUUCAUCGAACACCAAUCUGUCCGGGGAAGUGUCAAAGAAUUGUCUAUUGCAACGUCGAGGGUCAAACAAUAGUCUUACAUUGAACAUACUAUCAAACAAUCUCAGCCGACAUUCUAGCAACAGUUCCUUAAAUAAAGAAGCCAAAGUUGGUCAAAAGAAAGGUCUUUUGGAACGCAGAAGUUCAAACACUUCGCUAACUUUAAACAUAAAUACAUCCAACCCCCAGCUAUCGACCAAUCGCGGUCUCAGUAUAUCCAAUUACAAUUUGAAUGGCUCGACGUGUAAUUUAAGUAGAUAUAACAGCAAUCAUAGCAUAGACAACUCGGAACCUCGCAAAGGUAUACUAGAAAGACGCAGUUCGAAUACAUCUCUAACGCUAAAUAUUCAACCGCAAGAACCUAGAGAUUUGGAAAUCGACGAAACAAUGAUCGAUACAAAUCUGAAAGAUCUACCGCAUAGGGAUAAACACAGGAAAUCGUUAAGCACGGAAAAUCUAAUUCCGAAAUCGUAUAAAAACAGAAAAGGAUUGCGGUCUUCCGAAAAAUGUAUGGGUUUCGGUUCACACGACAAUCUCUGGUCAACGUCAUAUGACCCGGACUACCCUCAAAAUUUAACCUACGUGUGCGGCGAUCAGGAGAAUGAGAUAAUAUACGCGUUUGGACGUCAAGAGGACCCGAAUUUCCAGGCUGGUUUCGUCAGGAAUAUAACUACGAAACCCUUAAGUCCACAGAGUACUUCAGAAGAUUUCAGGCUCUAUUUGGCCAAUAUGCAACACUUGCAGAGCGCCUCGAGCGUGCUCAGCCGUCAGCAAUUGAAGGAUUUGAACGACGUUUUUCAGAAUGGCUAUUCGAAAGUUAAGUGUCUCAGCUCGAACGAAGGCCAGCAUUGUUGCUCUGGCCGGGUCGGUGAAGACACAGCCAAGGGCAACCCCCAGAUGGUGAUACCGGAGUUGUCUCAACCGUGCUCUGAAUACCAGAAGAUGUUGUUGAGGAACCUUCACCAGGAAUUUUGGGACAUGCCCACCAACUUUCAGGAGAAACCAAUUGUGUCUGGGUCGCAUCCAAAGAAUAGAUAUAAGACGAUAUUGCCAAACGAACAUUCUAGGUUCAUUUUGCGUGCGGAGUCUGGGAGCAGCGAGGGAUAUAUAAAUGCCAAUUUCAUUAAGGGGCACGAAUACACAAAGAACAGUUACAUUGCAACGCAAGGACCUCUCCAGAAUACAAUGUACGACUUCUGGCUGAUGGUUCGGCAGAAUAACACGGAUUUCUCAGUUCAAAGACCAGUGGAUUCAGUACCUAUCAUACAAAAAAUAAUUAUGCUCACGAACUUUGUGGAAAAUAAUAGGCAGAAAUGUGAAAAAUACUUCCCCCUAGAAGUGAAUGAGGAAAUAGUAAUUGAAGAUCCAGAAAUCGCAGAAAAGUCAGACGAAAAACCAUCGAACAGUUUCAGAAUAAAAAACAUCGGCCUGAUGAAAAAAAUGGGCUAUACGAUACGAAAGCUCGACGUCCGAUACGCGAAAGGAAAAACUAGUGAUAGUGAUGGAGGCAGUGAAUCAAACGAACAGAGUGGGACUAGUGAAAGUAGUGAAAGUUUAACCGUUUACCAUUAUUGGUUCCACAACUGGGCGGAUCACAAGUGUCCCAAAGAUGUCAACGCGUUAUUGAAUUUAAGUUUGGACGUUUUAAAAGAUGAUUUCUACGAUUUCGCGGGUAGUUGUGAUGAAAGUGAGGAUCAUAAGUGCAAAUGUGGGGACAGUCCUAAACCCGACUCUAAGUUUGUGUUCCCUCCACUCCAGUCGUUGUCCCCAUGUCCUAUUAAAAUAAAUGUUUCCACCCCUUUGAAUUUUUCUUCCGAAAACCUAUCACCUCCUACCAUAGUGCACUGUUCUGCUGGCAUCGGUAGAACAGGUUGUCUCAUAGCCAUAUUGAACGGCAUUAAGCAAUUAACAAAUGAACAAAAAGUUGAUGUAUUAGGCAUAGUUUGCAAUAUGAGGUUAAAUAGAGGGGGCAUGGUUCAAAAUUCGGAGCAGUAUGAGCUUAUUCACAAAGUUUUAUGUUUGUUCGAGCAGGCCUGCUUGCCAGAAUUAUAGCUGUAAUGUUUGGUUACUGGUUUGCGGGUUGUACUGUGCUAAGGCCGUGGAAGUGAAGUGCAUAUAUUGAUACAACUAAUGACUGGUUUCUCUAUUUAAAUAAGGUGAAUAUUGUUUGUGCAAUUUUGUUUUGUCAAGAAUAUUGUAAGAACUGGACAGUUCCAUACUAAACUGUCUAGGAAUUUAUUAUUAUAGGAACUAGUCAGGAAAGUUUAUCUGUCUUACCGAAUUUUAUAGUUUCACGUGAAUGUAUGUGAUUUUAGUGAUUUAUCUUAGUUUUAAAACGGAUUUGUAUCAAUGUAUGUACACUAGGAUUUUGUAUUGGGGGUUUUUAUUUAUUAAAAAAAAUGGCGGGAUCGCAUCGCCAUUCCUUAAGAGCUUUGACAUUGACAUUUAUCAGAGCCAUUGUUUUUUUUUAUUGGGCAUUAGAAUAGCGAAUCCUAGUUUUAAUAUAGAUAAUAUUUAAAUCAAUAUGUUAUGCACAAACCUACUUUAUAUGAAGCGACUUGUUGUAUAUUUUAGUUUAAACUGACAUUACUACGAUAUUUAUUGCGCUAGGUAGAAAAUAUAUUGAUGUUAUUAUUUAUUUUGUAUUUUUUGAUAUUUUUAAUAUUUAGUCUGUAAAUGUAAAUAUGCGUGUCUAAUAUAUUGAUGUAUGUAAUACCUAUUCCAAGAAAUCAGGUGUAUUUUUGUGUUUAUUUGGAAAUAAUUAAAUAUAAUAUGAAAUAGAUUGGAUACAUUUUGGACCUGGUUUCUCGCAGUAGGUGUACUGUUUUUAUUAUUAUUUUUAAAUUUAACACGUCGUGAAUAGACAGUAUAGUACAAAUAUUUUUUUAUAUACUGAUUAAAACCAAGAACAAUUUACGUAUUCCUUGUUUAAACGCAGAGGGUAGUUUUAUAUAUUUACCAGCUUUGUACAGGUUCACAAAUCAAUCGCGUUAAAAUCAACAUAUUUUUGCAAGACUAUUUUAUGAUCUAUGUUUAUCUGAACUAUUUAUACGCUUUUAUCAAAGUAGCAAAUAUCUCUAAACUAAAUAUAACCCUUUUAUAUUAAAUUGUUACAUAAUACAUACAAACUUAACUUAUUUUCGAUUGAUAAAUACAGUAUUUAAAAGAUAAUAUAUUUUGUCAAAUAUCGUUUUAAACUUUGACGUUUUAAGUUGAAAUUUGGCGCCAAAAAUUUAUCAAGAACAGGGCAAAAUUAAUUUUUUUUGUUGUAAUUUUGAGAAUGAUAAAAGUGUAUGUUUGACAAAAUCUUCUGUUUUGUGUUAAUUAUUUUUAUUUUUUUUAAGUUGUCAUCAAUCGAAAUUCUGAUUUUAUUAUAUCUGCAUAUUAUUCAUGAUUGCAAUGAUUUUUUCGCUUCUGAAAUACAUGGGCAAGAUUAUAUUUGUAUUACAUACUUAUAAUAAAUAUUUUUUUUCUUA